CUAAAUCUUUUUUAGGAUGAAGCGAAGCUCGUCUCUGCAGAGGCAUGUGACCUUUGACCUCCAGCAUCAGACCGCUUUGGCUCCGGCUGGAGAUGGGAGCAGACAGCUGACCGAGUCUGAGCCAAGCACACGGUGGGAGCGAGCGGCUGACCUACAGCAUGGACGACGUCGACACCCUGUUUAAUCCCAGCCUGGCAGCGGCGCUGAAGAAGCUGGAUCCCGAGGAUGGCGAGCAGAUUCUGGAGUACUUUAAAACCCACGCCUUGAUGAGCAGAGAAAAGGCUUUGCUGCAGUCGUCGGUCCGAGAGCAGAAGAAGCUGCUGGUGGAGAACGCCAAGCUGAAGAAGGACAUCGAACAGCUGAGAGUUCAGCUGCAGGACAAGCAGAAGAGACGCAGCGCAAAACCUUUUCACUCUCAGGCCCCGCCUCCUCAGAGUUUUAGCUCUACCCCGGCCACGCCCAUCCCCCCAGCUGGAGCAGCUGUACCUGAGACCCCGCCUCCUGCCUGCCCCUCCCACGAGGGGAGGGAGAGGCAGACCUGGAGGAAGAGGGGAGGGAGAAAAGCUCCUCCCAUUUCAGACCCCCUCGCUCUGGGGGCGGAGUCUCGGAUUGACGCGUCACGUCUGGAUCUGCGAGUUGGGAAAAUUCUUGGUUCUCGUCGCCACCCGCUGUCUGAAGCGAUGAGUGUCCAGGAGGUGGACGUGGGAGAAAACUCCCCCCGGGUGGUCGUCAGCAGACUGGGAGGGAAAUCCGACGUGAACCAGGAGGUGCGAGGCUCUUUAGCGGUGUUGCUAUGCAACGUCAAACCAUCAAAGAUAAGGGGUGUGGUUUCCCAAGCACGCCUUCUCAGUUGCUCCGCCUCUGAUGACCACGCUGAGCUUCUGCUUCCACCUGCAGGCUCCGCCCCUGGAGACCGAAUCACCUUCCUGAACUAUCCAGGCGAACCAGACCGGGAGCUGCAGUCCAAACUGAAGAUCUGGGAGCUGCUGCAGCCUGACCUGCAGGUGGACAGCAGGGGCGUGGCCAACUACAAAGGCAGCGGGUUCGAGGUCAAGGGGAAGGGUCUCUGCAGGGCCCCCUCCCUCAUGAACUGUCCCAUCAGAUAGACACAGAUCAAUGUUGCUUUUAUUUUGAAAAGCCUGCCCAGCUGUGGAUCAGCACCCAACAUUUCACGGGUACGAGAAGAAGAUUAAAGUUCUGUCAGAACCUCAA